UUGAAGUGACAAGGCAAAAAGUACGUCCUACACCAUAACGGUCUUAUGAAUGGAAGACGAUAUCGACAGUUUUCUUUUAUAGCUCAUGAACAGGCCACCUCUUCUAGUGGCUUAUUUCAAGCGGAAAACGAACCCUUCAAAAAACACUCAAGUUUGAUGUGCCGUGUUUGAGCAACAGGACAUGGUUUUGGUGGUCGGUGGCUAGGAUUCAUUUGUGGAUUGGCAUUGAUGCACGAAUUGCAUCUUUCCACUCAGAGCUCGACCUGCCCUAAGACCCCUCCUCCCAUCAAUAAUGUUUUUUGCCUUAUGACAUAGAGGUUGAAACAGACUGUCCGUCCGUUGAACGGUUCAUACAGUUCAUUGUGUCCAUAAAGCUCACAACGAUGAUAAGAGCCCUCUCAAUUCAUUCAAGUCAAACAAGCAGGAUUAAAUAAGUCUCAGUAUUCGAUAAGACGACUUCGUUAGACCAUGGUGUUGGCCCGUCGAUGGGCGUUAAGGGUCCAUUUUCAAGGGGCACCCAAGCUUGAGGAUUUCGAAUUGGUUCAAGAAGAACUGGAGCCCCUUCAAGAUGGCGAGAUAUUCUAUCAAUCUGAAUUUAUCUCUGUUGAUCCCUACCAACGGAAUUACACGCUUCGAAUGCCCAUCCCUCCACCUUUCACGAUGCCGGGAAGUGUAGUGGGACAGGUCAAGGACUCACGAAACCUCGAUUUUCCCGUUGGAACCAGAGUGGUGGUCUAUGACGGAUGGAGAGAAGCGGGUAUAAUCAAUCCUACCACCGCUGGCAAUCACGGGACCGGGUUGGACAUGGUGAGGAAGGCGCCAGACAUUGGCAACUUGCCGUUGUCUCUGCUCUUGGGUGCUUGUGGUAUGCCGGGAAAUACAGCCUAUUUUGGGGUGACCGAGAUCUGCCGACCCCAAAAAGGCGAAACUGUUCUGGUCACGGGUGCAGCUGGAGCAGUUGGGAGCUUAGUUGGGCAGAUCUCCAAGGUUAAGGGUUGUAAGGUCAUUGGAUUUGCCGGAAGUGACGAUAAGGUGGCGUGGUUGAAAGAUAACUUGGCGUUUGAUGAGGCAUUUAAUUAUAAAAAGACGACAAUGGAGACAUCUUUGAGCAAAGGUGUUCCUCAAGGCGUCGAUUGUUUCUUCGAUAAUGUGGGAGGCGAGGACGCAUCAUCAGUUAUUGCAGCAAUGAAUGUAUGUGGAAGAGUGGCUUGUUGUGGAGCCAUUGCUUCCUACAAUGUCAAGGAGCCUCUUAAAACAACGGCCAUUCAAUAUUUUCUCAUCCGAAAGAGAUUGAAAAUGGAGGGGUUUCAAGCCGCUCAGUUCAAGGAUCGCUGGGAUGAGGGUGUUCUUCAGAUGGCCAAAUGGAUUCAAGAGGGCAAACUCAAACCUCAGGAAACUGUCGUUGAUGGAUUUGAAAAUACCCCUAAUGCAUUCAUGGGUCUGUUUUCUGGAGACAAUUUGGGUAAAAUGGUUGUGAAGGUAUAAUACACGACAUGAGUCAUUCA